AUGGCGACAACCAUAAAUACUGCAAAAGUAACGGGUGCAGAUGUUCCUGCAGACCUUCCAAUCAAGCGAUCAGUCCAUUCACAUGUCAACGGCAAAGGCAAGGGUAAUGGUAAUGGUAAUGGCUUCUCGCAGCCGCCACAACCCCUCGCUCAAACCCGAUCGACAUUUUUGACCAAGAAAUAUCGCCAUGUUGCUGCUGUGCAUUCGAAGGCGAGAACCUCAUGUCUCAGUCAUGAUUCUGAAUCCAGCGCGAGUUUUUUGGGGUUCCGCAACCUCAUGGUCCUUGUUUUGAUUGUUGGGAAUCUGCGAUUGAUGAUUGAGAACUUUCAAAAGUACGGAGUCCUAAUCUGCAUCCGAUGCCAUGACUACCGACGACAAGAUCUCGUUUAUGGCGCCGCAUUAUACUUCCUCAUACCAUGCCACCUCUUCGUUGCCUACGUCGUCGAACUCGCCGCUGCCCAACAAGCUCGAGCAUCACUGAAGGGAGGCAGGAAGAGGAGCGGGACGGCUACACCUGGCGGGAGCUACAUUGCCUCGGAUGAAGAACGCCGCAAGUUUCAAUCGACAUGGAAAUUGAUAGCUUGGAUUCAUGGGAUCAAUAUCACGUUCUGCCUAGGCAUUACCUCUAUAAUCGUCUACUUCUUCAUCCACCACCCCCUCAUUGGGACCCUCAGCGAAGUACACGCUGUUAUCGUCUGGCUCAAAACCGCGUCUUACGCCUUCACAAACCGCGAUUUGCGACACGCGUAUCUACACCCUUCAAAACGAGACGAGGAUGCGUUGCCAGAGAUAUACAACAAGUGUCCGUAUCCGCAAAAUGUUACUUUGAGUAAUCUCAAUUACUUCUGGUGGGCACCAACUUUGGUUUACCAACCUGUGUACCCACGUACUACCAAGAUUCGCUGGAUUUUUGUUCUCAAACGGCUGGCUGAAUGUUUCGGGUUGAGUGUAUUCAUGUGGAUCGCAUCUGCUCAAUACGCAGCUCCAGUCCUACGAAACUCACUUACGACAAUCUCAUCUCUAGACCUCCCUUCAAUCCUCGAACGGCUCAUGAAACUCUCAACCAUAUCACUAGUGAUCUGGCUAGCAGGCUUCUUUGCACUUUUCCAAAGCUUCUUAAAUGCAUUGGCGGAAGUCAUGAUGUUUGGUGAUCGCGAGUUUUAUACGGAUUGGUGGAAUUCCCCUAGUGUCGGAGUUUAUUGGAGAACGUGGAAUAAGCCUGUGUAUCACUUUAUGAAAAGGCAUGUGUUCUCGCCAUUGAUUGGGAGAGGUUGGAGUACGGGACAGGCCAGUAUUGCUGUUUUUGUCUUUUCUGGCGUACUUCAUGAGUUGUUGGUUGGGGUUCCUACACAUAAUAUUAUUGGUGUGGCAUUCUUGGGCAUGGUAGCCCAGCUACCCAUGAUUGCUAUCACGGCUCCAUUGGAGAAGAUGGAAGGCAUAAAUGGUCGUAUUAUAGGGAACUGCAUUUUUUGGGUCUCCUUUACGCUCAUCGGUCAGCCGCUGGCAGCUCUUCUCUACUUCUUUGCUUGGCAGGCUAAAUACGGAACGGUUAGCAAGCAGCCCGUAGUAGCUUCGCCUUCUUGA